GAAGAAGUUAGAAGGUCAUAUAGAAGCGAGGGAGUUUUCAGCCUCGAAAAAAAGGAAAUAAAUAUUAACUUGUUCUCUUGAACGGAAAAAAAAUUAUAUUAUAUUGGAGUGAAUGGCAGUGAUCAGAAAUUGAUAGGUAGUAGCAAAGAGUUUGACCCAGAUCUGAGGAUAAUACUCUCGAUUUUUCAAUGGCACAACCACUUAAAAUAUAUGGUAGUUUACAGUAACAACUUUUUUUUGCAUUUGAGAAUUCGCAGCUCUGGGUGAAGUUGUUCAGUAAAAAUGGUGGUGUGUCAGAAUAUUUUUUGCUUACUAGGUCUCUUUCUUAUAGCUGCUGAAGGAGGCCACUUCAUAAUACCGGGUUCUGCACCUUAUGACGCAUAUCAUAAUUUACAUUUACCUCAUAAUCCACCCCUAUAUCCAACAUUUGCAAAGGUGCCGCAUACCAGCUUCACUUGCAAGGGACGUAACCCAGGGUAUUAUGCAGAUGUUCAAACUGGAUGUCAGGCAUACCACAUGUGUCAGCCAAAUGUAGAAGCCUCAUUUUUGUGUACCAAUGGAACACUUUUCAAUGAGCAAUUUCAGGUGUGUGAUCAGUUCUACAACGUGAGAUGUGGGUCGCCAUAUUUGGAUUUAUUUAAAUAA